CACAGUCAUAGCCGAGUGCCGACAGCGUUGAACGCGGCGCAUGGCGUAGAGUGGCGAGUGGCGAGUGCGGUGGAGCGCGGCGACGCGACGUCUUGGCGUCUCCGCUCGCGAUUACUCCACUUGCACUCUGGUCUACUCGCGGCGCGCGGCUUGUCGUGCCGUGAACCGUGAAUGCCGCGCUGCGUCAGUCUGCUCCGAGAAGUCGUGUGGUAUUCAUCGUAUGCAGUGUGAUUCACUGCACGCCUACGCUUAUGAAACGUCAACGACACGCAACAUUCGAGUCCGUUUCCUCGUCGCGUUUACCUGACGUUCUUCGACGUCAGACUUCACUAUCACUGAUCACCGGAUUACUGAGCACCUUGCAGCGCAUUGACGAGCGCAGCGUCUCAUCGCAUUUCAACGCAACUCAACGGUCAUAAAUAAACAUGGAUCGAUCAUCCAAGUUAAUUCUGCGGAAAGUCAUCAUAGACUUCCUCUGUCUAUUUGUUGUGGGCAUUUCCGUACUGAUGUUCUUCCUAUUCGGCAAACCUUAUAAACGCGGUUUCUUUUGCAACGAUGAGUCACUUUAUCAUCCGUAUCACGAGUCUACGGUUACGAGCACGAUGUUGUACGUCAUCGGUCUUUUACUUCCUAUAUGUACGAUGAUCAUAGGAGAAUAUCUGCACGGGAGGAAUUUCUCCGGACACACGGCGAAUAUGCUUUUCGGAUAUACUAUACCUCCAUGGUUAUGGAAUGCUUAUAAGAAAGUUGGUGUAUUUGGUUUCGGUGCUGCUUGUACCGUUUUAAUCACCGAUAUUGCUAAGUAUACUAUAGGUCGACUACGGCCACACUUCAUGGAGCUCUGCGUACCCAAUAUUGACUGCAAUUUGCUCGAGUAUCAACACAAGUAUAUCGUGGAUUUCCACUGUACCGCAGCAGUCUCGAAUAAGCUUCUAAAGGAAGUCAGAUUAUCGUUUCCCUCCGGUCACUCGUCCUUCUCGGCUUACACCAUGAUCUAUCUUGCGAUGUAUCUGCAAUUAAGAAUGAAAUGGGAGGGCAGUAAGCUGCUUAGACACUUCCUUCAACUUCUAUGUUUGCUCAUGGCUUGGUUUACCGCGAUGACACGAAUUUCCAAUUAUAAACAUCAUUGGAGUGACGUACUCGCUGGAUCUACUCUAGGCAUUGUCAGCGCUUUAGUAGUGGCAAAUUGUGUAGCAGAUCUUUUCAAAGAGAAAAAAGAAAAAUGCUCCUCCAUAGAGAAACAUCGAACUACCGAUUAUGAAGCGGAGGCUGGUAUAACCGGCAUACAGGUGAAUAAUGGCACUGGUAAUCGCAAUUGUUGACCUAACGAGCUCGCUCUUCGCUUGCUGACUGCAACAAGACCAUAACUAUCUUCUAGUUGUCCUCGGGAAACUAAAAAGAUUCGUGGAUUUCUCAUGAAGCAUCAGAUGAGAUUAGAUGUCUCCCUCCGGACAUGUCUACAGCAUAGCCUUCUUCAGCCGAAUGCUUUUAGCGCUUGACGAGUUCUAAAAUCUUCAAGAAAUACUUUUUUAAUUUCAACAUAGUAAAUUAUCUUACUAUUUUGAUUAUUUUUCAACUACUGCAUCUUGGUUCUAUUUUUUUUCUCAUUAUUAUACAAGUUAUUUGAGCUUCGUCGGUGCUGUACACUAUACAGAUCAUGAGAAAGAAAAGAAGAAAGAAAUAGAGUGCAAUGUAAUUAAAGCUUGCGAAUAUUUUUUGUCUUUCGUUGAGCUUUGUGUGAUCUAUUAUGCGAAUGUGUGUGAUGUGAAACGUACUUUCGUUGCAGCGAGGAGCGAUUUUUCGAUCUUUUAGUUUGUUAUGUUUUUAUCUUUUAGUAGCGCUCGAAUAGAUGUAUGUUUCUAGAAGCUUAUGUUAUGUGAUGUCUUUUGUGAUUGAUUAGCGAAAGAAAAAUGUUUCACAAAAAAUCAAUUUUUAUUGAAUGAAAAUGA